ACCUGUCAUUCUGUCGACUGUCGAAAUUUAAAAGCUUGGGAUAAUGGGCUUGGGUCAAUAAUCUCACAGUUGUCAAUCAAAGAAUAAAAUGUAAAAAUAAUUUCUAGAUUGUUAUUAAUAAUAUUUGUUUUUAUACAAUAAUAAUGAACAAACAAAUAUGAUGCUUUAUUCAGAAUGGAUACAAACGGCAAUGGCAAGAAAGGUCUACCUCGACUUAGGGAAAUCAUCAGACGUCAACGACAAGAUUCUGAUGGUGGUGGUACAGACUCCCCAGAUUUGGAAUUUGUUUAUGAUGACACAGACACCCACAUUAAUGAAAUUGCUGAGCUCUAUAGUUAUACAGAACAGCCAGAGCUCCAACUUAAUGUUAAAGCAUUUGAGGACCAAAUGGAAGUCUAUAAUUUACCACCUAGUUGGCAAAGAUUACCAUUUGACAAACGGAAAUCGGUAGUUUUGAAGCUUCUGGAUCAAUUGGAAGUCAGUAGCAAGCCUUUGAGAAUGAGGAGUGCUAGAUGUUUAUUAUACAUUGCUCAAGGCUGCUGGGCUGAAAUGCAAUCUGAUGCAGAGCAACAACAAUGGGCUAGGAGCAAUUCUGUUUUACUUUAUCAGUUGGGGGUCUUUAAUGCUUUCACUGAUCUAUUAAAUAUUGAAUUUGAGAAUAGUACAGCCGCACAUGUUGCUAUGAGAAAAAUAGCAAUAUCUUUAGCUGAUUCACAAGAUCUGAGAGUAAUAUUAUCUGUUUUGUAUACAAUAACUGAAGUUAUUAGAAAUGAAAAAGCUACUGGGACUACAGAGUAUGAAGAUGACAUUAACUCUUUUUGUAAUGAAAUAGCAUAUACUUCAAGUGAUGAUCUCCUGAUCAUAAAGUUACUGAGUAUGGUAACGAGAUUUUGUAGUGGCUCAGCUCCACAUUUUCCUAUGAAGAAAGUGUUACUGUUACUUUGGAAACUUAUAUUGGUUUCUUUGGGAGGUAUGAAUACUUUAAGAGAUCUGAAAUUAGACAAAAGGAAGAAAGUUGGACUUCCGUAUUAUAAUGAAGAUACUAUGGAAAUAGCUAAAACCAUGAGAUCUUCCUCGCCACCAGCAAGUGCUUCUGACCUACUUGAAGCUCAAAAUCAGAAGAGAAAUACUAGGCCUUUUAGGAGAAGUUUAAUGAAACAAAGUAGCUUAGAUGACCAUGAUUCAUUAGUUGGUAUGGAGUUAGAUUCUGGUCUAGGAAAUGGUGAAAACGUCGAAGAUAUGAAUGAACUAUCAGAAUAUGACGAACGACGACACGCGAAUGAGACAAACGAUCAACUUUACCGGAAUAAUCACGAAACCUAUAGGCCUAUAUCACCGCCUUCUCCUAAUGCCUUAGUACUGCCUAAAGGUUUACCUUGGAAACCAAAAGUUCGUCAGAAAGAUAUAGACAUGUUCUUAGAUACUUCCAGAUUGAAAUUUUUGGGUUACAGUCUUCCGGGUGACAGAACAACACUUUUUGGUUUGCCUGAGCCUAUUCACGAAGGAGUUAAAACACUAAAUGAACAUAUUUAUACAUCAUUAGCGGAAUUGCAAAUCCAAAAGGAAGAAGAAAUAGCGAGGAAUCCAAUUUCGACAAGUGAGGAUGAGAUAGAAAUGACUCCGACUGAGAUAUUAUAUCAAGCAAUGUUGCCUAAUCUUCCGCAGUAUAUGAUAGCUUUGUUAAAGAUUUUGCUAGCUGCCGCUCCUACCUCAAAAACUAAAACUGAUUCUAUUAAUAUUAUGGCUGAUGUUUUGCCAGAGGAAAUGCCGAUGACAGUUUUACAGUCUAUGAAACUCGGUAUAGAUGUUAACAGACAUAAGGAGAUUAUUGUUAAAGCAGUUUCUGCUAUUUUGUUGCUACUUUUGAAGCAUUUUAAAUUAAAUCACAUCUAUCAGUUUGAAUUUAUGUCACAACACUUGGUUUUUGCUAAUUGUAUACCACUUGUUUUAAAAUUUUUCAAUCAAAAUAUAAUGGCUUAUGUUGGAGCAAAAAACGCCAUCCCAAUUUUGGAUUUUCCUUCUUGUGUGAUUGGUGAUCAACCUGAACUAACGUCGGAAAGUUUAGAAAUUGGCGAUUCAGCAGCUUUUUCUUGGCGUAAUAUGUUUUCUUGUAUAAACUUACUUAGGAUAUUAAAUAAAUUAACAAAAUGGAAACAUUCUCGAAUAAUGAUGACCGUUGUUUUCAAAUCCGCCCCAAUUUUAAAACGGACGUUGAAGGUGCGUCAUGCAAUGACGCAGUUAUAUGUUCUAAAAUUAUUAAAAAUGCAAACUAAAUACUUGGGAAGGCAGUGGAGGAAGUCCAAUAUGAAGACAAUAAGUGCAAUUUACCAAAAAGUUAGACAUCGCCUUAAUGACGACUGGGCAUAUGGAAAUGAUUUGGAUGCUAGACCAUGGGAUUUUCAAGCUGAAGAAUGCGCUCUUAGAGCAUCUGUGGAUAGAUUUAAUAACCGUAGAUAUACUCAAAUAAAUGAUAGUGACUUUGAGCCUGUGGAUAACUGUCUAAAUAGCGUAUUAGGAACUAGCCAUGAUUUGUCCGAAAGCUUUAAAAAACACUAUGAACUGUGGUUAGAACAAGAAGUAUUUGGUGUUCCUAUUGAAUGGGAUAACCUGUUAGAAGGUGAUAAAUAUAAAUAGUUUUUAUUUUAAUUUAAAUGAAUGAUUUCCAUGCAAUAAAAUGCUUCGAUCUGUACAUCCUACAAAAAUAAUAUAUUUAAUGUAGAUAAUAA